AUGGUCCAGAGUCUGAGCCAGACUGGUAUGAACAUCGGAUCUUCGCCCGGCGGUGGACAUAUGAGUUUUGGCACCCCACUCCAUGGACUCGGUGUCGAUCUCGGUAGUGCCACUCCAGGUCAUCUUAACGUGCCGACUCCAUUGUUGCAGAGUGUCGGGAUGGCGCCCACGAUGAGCGAGAUCAUGCAUGGUGUUGGGAAGAGGAAUGAGGAAGAGGAGAGGAGGUUGAAGAUGAGAAGCGUUUUGAACACGAUUGGACAGCGGAAGGGGAGGAGCUGUGAGGAGAGCAUUGCGAGGGUUGCGUCGAGGGUUGAGCUCGAUAUCUCUAUUGAUGAUGAUAACAACAGGAAGGUCGGCAGUAGGACGAUAGCUAUGGCUGGUUCCUCGAAAGUUUUGGUCGACGUGGAGUUGCAGAAUCAUGCUGCGUCGGAAGUCAAAGUAUCGCUCAUGGGCUCAGAAGCGCUUAUGGCGCAACAGGAAGCGGCAUCAAAGGUCCUAUUGCAUGAUCUUGCUGUCCCGAAUGGCAUCUUGCUCAAUGCACAUUUGGACAAGUUCGCGGCAAAUCUCAACAAGCUCGCGACUUUGGACAAGCUCUCUACUGAAGCAUACGGAGGAGUGGACUGCUUUGAAGCCAUCACGGGUAUUUAUACGAGCCUGAAGAAACUGUAUGAGAUGGAGAAGGAUGCAGUGAAGACGCUGAAGAAGUUUUCGGUAUCAGAAGCUGAUCGCCGCGCUGAGCAUGAGGUGCUGUGCAAAAGAAGCGGCAGACCUAGCGUCCAUGAGGGAGGCAAGAUUGGACUAUCGCUAGCCUACUGGUCCACGGAUUUCGCGACUAGCGAUCAGGAUGACACGGCGAUGGAUGUCGAUGGAGAUGAAGGAGUGGGCCAGGCUGAUGGAGACGCGAAGGGAACCUGGAGUGUGGAUAUCGAGGUCGAGAAGUCGUCUGCCGGCUUGUAUCCCUCAAUGCGCCUUUCCGAUGCCUGGCUUCCGGAGUUCUUCGAACUGCCCUCACCUGAAUCAGGAGAGAGUUUACCUUGGCAAGAACCACCUCCCACAUAUGUCAACAAUCCCGCAACAGAUAAGAACGACGCGAUGGCUGUUGAGCCGCAACGCUUGCCAGAUCUACGCUUCAUCGCGAAAUUCGACCCUCCUCUUGUGGUCCCUCUCCAGACCGCAAUGAAUAUCCUGAACGUGAUUGGAGCCCAACCUCCUUCGACAAACAUGUUCCCUGCAUACCACUAUGCCGUGCUAAAUGUACCCUCGAUUAAGCACGCAUCGCCACAAGACAUCCGAGCUGAGAAGAAAGUGCUCUCUUUGCAUGGAUCUGAUGAGCUCGAGACGACGCAUUGCUACAACCUAGAUCUAUCUCAGGUUCCUCUCUCGAUGAAACUGGAGCGCCUACCAUUCUCACACCCGCGACAGCUGAUCGAGCUUCUGCCGACCUUGCGACAGUGGGCGAGCACUGGUGCUCUAUUACAUGGCACGUUUGGCGACGACCCAACAGAAUCGAAGAUCGAUGUUGCCACUACAGUCAUGAAUGGCACUCACAUAAACAAUGCCGAAUCUCCCGUUGCCGACUCUGGAAUAGAAUUGGAAGGGCUUAUGGAAGAUGCGCCAACCACCUCAUCCGGGUUGCAAGUCGACAUGGGUUUCGCGACAGCCCCAAACCCCACGAUUUCUGUUGCGUACACCGACCCUGACAAAGCAGCCGUAGUCACCGUCGUGGCGCAGAUUCUCCCCAACGCUGAUGUGCUUGUCAGCGAUAUCGGUGAUUCCUCCGAGGAGCCGAGAGAUGCAGAAAUCAUGAACGUGAGUGAGGAGCAGAGCGCUCAAGCUAAGAAGAUUGCGAGAGCGCUGGAAGUCUGUGGAGAUAUCGGAGUCUGGAUUGAGUGGAUGCGGAAGAGCAAGCCUUGA